ACUCAUAUUCCACUCCUCUUUUAUUGGUCGUGCCGGCACCAAAAACAAGGGUAGGAUAUCCCGUUUCCUGGCCAACAAAUGCUCCAUUGCCUCGAGGAUAGAUUGCUUUACAGAAUUUCCGACUACAUUAUUCGGCCAGAAGCUGAAAGACCAGGUUGAAGAGAGACUCAUAUUCUACGAUUCAGGCUCAAUCCCUCGCAAGAACACUGUUGUUAUGAAGGAAGUGAUCACCUUAUUAAAGGAGCAGCGUCUCUUAGCAUUGCCCCAGGGUAGUAGUAGCACUGGGACUCCUGGGACUGAGAAAAAGAAGAAGAAAAAGAAAAGACAGCGAGAAGAGGAGGAGGAGGAGGUUGUCAAAGAGAUUGCUGAAGUUGAAGAAGACGUGACAACAAGUAUCAAGGAAAAGAAAAAAAAGAAAAAGAGAAAGAGAGAGGAGGAAGAUGAAGAGGAUCUUACUGCUGCUCCUCCCGUGGAUGUUGAGUCAAAAAAGAAAAAGCGGAAGUCUCACUCCUAGGACUGUGGUGUACAAUAUUUCUUCUUAGUUUAGAUAAUAUUUCAUUUCUGAAAAAUGAUUAAUGAUUUGCAAAGUUCAAGAGGUGUGGCUGCUGGUACAGUGGUGAUGGGUUGGGCUGUUGUAAGUACCAGUACUAUUUAUAAAGCCUUCAACCGCAGUAUCGCCUACAAUUAUCAUUUGGUGGAUUUUUAUCAAAAGUCGAAAAGAAGAGAGUCCUAUACAAUGAAUGGGCUUACGCCUAUACUAUUAUUAGCUGCUAUUACAGUGGUUGCUGCAAGCAAUUUUUCUUCGCCCGUUGGGUGCUUGCUGGAGCGUACGAGGAACACCACAGGCUGCAAAGAGGAGGACAAGGUCCGAAUGUAUCACUUCAGCCACAAGAAGAACCGCUGCAGAGGUUAUAUGACCUGUACCAUAGAACAUGAUGUCACUGGGAAUGUGUUUCUAAGCAGAGAUGAAUGCAACAGCCAUUGUCCUGCAACCAACUGUACAUUGCCAGUAGCUCCUGCCAACGGUUACCAGAAUUGGGUCAACGUUAGCAACAGCAACGAAAUAAAACUUCAAAUAUUUUGCAACGACGGUUUCAUAAUGAAUGGAUCCAGCGAGAGACUUUGCAUGCACAACGGAUCCUGGACUGGCUCCCAACCUCAAUGCAAGUGCCAAUUACCACCUGUACCAAUCAAUGGUGCCUACCAGGAGCUAACAACCAACAGCUUCCUUCUUCUUAAAUAUUCUUGCAACGAAGGCUACAACCUCAUCGGACCAUCGGAGAGAUCCUGCGGUAGAGACGGAGUUUGGAGUGGAGAGGAACCAAAAUGCAUUAACCCUGAAAAUAUCAGGUGUCCUGAACCUGAAGACAUACCCAAUGGACGGAAACUAGUCCUUGGUUACUCGGUCGGCAACUAUGUUGCAUACAGCUGCGCUACAUCCUACGUCCAUGUGCUGGGGAGUUUAUGGAGGAGCUGUUUGAGCAGUGGUGAAUGGUCAGGAGAGCCACCGCAGUGUGGAAGGCCUUUCAUAACUUACGAUGAUAAGAUUGUUGAAAAUGGAAAAGUUGAGACAAGAAAAGGAGAGAAAAAUGUUCAGAUAAAAUGCAAAAUGGAUCCAUACUUUCCAACGGGUGCUGUCGUCGAAUGGGACCGUCCAGAAAAUGCAAAAUCCAGCAAUUCAAGUUGGGUAGAGAACAAGACUGCAUUUGCACUUCAGUUCAAUGUUGUGGCUGUGUCAGAUGCUGGAGACUAUACCUGCUCAAUCAAGAUUAAUAGUUUCUUGAACAGGAAUAUUAGAAGAAGGAUAGCUGUCCGUGUAUUAUCAAGAGAAAAGUCGUGCUCUCCUCAUGCAUCAACACAUCCAAUGUACCUCAAGACUAUACUGCCUGGACGAAUAGAUCUCAUCGGGUUCUUCAGUGGCUGCCCCAAGCCUACAGUUCAGUGGUACAAAGAUGACGUUUUAUUAACAAACACGAGUAGAAUCAGCAUCACUGAUAAAGCACUGACUAAUAAGAACUAUACAUUCAGUGUACUGGAGAUAAGGAAUCCAAUCACCUCAGAUUUUGGCUUGUAUCGCGUUGUAGCCAACAACACUGAAGGAGUCUUAGCAUACGAUGUUGCUGUAAACGUUCCACCAUACUAUAAUCCACAAUCCAAGAGGAAGAGAUCUAUUGAUGCACCAGACAAUGAUGUCGCUUCAUUAUGCACUACUAACAACACAGUUGUGUUUGUCGGUAGCAUACGUCGCUCCACAGAAGACAUGUCAAUCGUCAUGGUAAAGAGAUUGCUACCAAGUUCUCUAAAAGUAGAAAAGAGACUAAAAACCAACGAAAUGAUAAAGGUUCAUCAUCCCUACGGAAAGGAGAGAUUAAGAGGGAAAGAUGACCAUGUAUUUAUUGUUAAAAAAUACAGCAGUGAUGCCGGAGUGGAUUUCAUGCUUAACAGAGUGUACCCAACAGAUAUUGAGGCUGAUCUUGCUCAUCUCUGCACAAACUAAAUGUAUAAUUAUCAUUAUAUUGUUAUUAUUAUCCAUCAUUAAUUUUUGAUCUCAGAUAUUGUACAAUAUUAUUAUUAUCAUUAUUAUUAUUAUUAUUAUUAUUAUUAUUAAUAUUAUUGUUAUUAUUACUACUACUAUAAAACUUGCUUGGCAGACCUCUUAAUUUCUUAUUAUUUUUAUUGUCUUUUCCUUGUUAAAAGUAGCACACUGUAAAACUGUAUACAAUCUUUACUAUGUAAUAAUAAUUAUUAAUUUUUAAA